AGAUUCUGGAGAAGAGAGAAGAGAGAGUGGCGCCAACAAAUUCGAAAUCACGCCAUGGAGCAUCCAAGGUAGCACAGGAAUUUUUUGGAAAACCUCGACAUUUUCUGUAGUCCUGAUGCGGCAGAACAAAAGCCGUGCUUAUUAUAGGUUCGGUGAUCGAGUACAAUCUUCUCUUCGUACAAAUUGUUUGGCGGCGGUUCGCAAACGCUGUCCUCAACGAGUUUUGAGGACGAAGAAACUACAUUUUCCGUGAUAACUUUCGUACAGGUUAGUUUCUGGAAAGUUUCCGAGACUCGUAUCCGAUUGAAGUUUUGUCUUCGCGUCUAGCGAAGAAUUUUAGGGAAGAGUGAAGGAAGUAACUUAUUAAAUUCAUUGCUUGCGAUUUGCGAGCGUAGAAUCGAUGCCAGUUAUCAGUGAGAAAACAAUGGUCACCUGUAACAAUCAACGGGAUUCAGGAAUGUUGCCAAAUUCUUCAGCUCAAGGUAGCAAACUGCAUGAAGUAAACAGUUCUGACAACAGCUUGUGUAAAGUUUCAGCUACUAUUUCCGUUACGGCCAUACCAGUCAAAGUGACAAACGUUCAGACUCCACAUGUAAUGCGAGCUUACGAAAAAGGCAAGGAAUAUUUCGAGAAGCUCGACAGGAUAAACAGAAAAUUAGGGAGCUUUGUCAGGUUGAAUAAUCUGAAGGGAAAGAGCGAUACGCAGGAUGCCAAGAUUGGUGAUAUGGUCAUCGUACAGAGCAGCAAUCAGAAACACGUAUUAGAGUUACCAUCGUUUAUCUGCCGCGGUCUGAUAACGCACAUUGAGAACGCAGUGCACAACGUACUCUUCGUGGACCACGGUGUGAGUUUCGACUUGGCGCGGGAUCAGUUUUGCAUAGUUCCGCGCGACUUUAUCUCCGACGAGAUAUGGUCGACAAGAGUGGUCGGCCUGUACAACGUUAUACCAGUUUGCAUGAGGAGCAAUGUUCUCAAUGGUCACAAAUCCAUGACAGUUGUUGCAGAGGGAAAGUGGAGCGACAAGGCGACCCAGUGUGCAAGGGAUCUGCUGAUUGCAUCUCGAGACGUAUAUUUCGAUCACCUGUUCACGGAUGAAAAGAAUAACCGGGAGUACGGAGAAUUUUAUCUCGUCAUCGACAACAUUGUUGUGUCGUUAAGCGAAGCUCUGGUCGUCGAGUAUCAUGCAACGUAUUUGACAGGAGAUUUAUUGCGACUCAUUAAAUAUUCAAAUCACGCGCAACAGAAAAAAGAUACAAAAGAGGAAGUGAUCAUACGCGUGAAGUUUUCGGUUGAUAGACUUAAUAAAACUAAUAGAAAUCUUGAUCUUAAUAGACUCAAUGGACACGAGGAAAUUCCUCUGAAGGAAUUUUGUCUCAGCGAGAAGAUUCUAAUACACAGCACAGAAAACUGCGGGGUUUUAAGUAACGUCGCUGACCUUGGCUUUCCGUCUGGAGUGCAUCGGGCUUGGGAGGACUAUUUUAAAUCCUCGAGGCCGAGAAAGCUUCAGUCUUACGUGUGGCCAGCGAUAAAGAAGGGAUUGAACGUCGUCGCUGUCGGAUCAUCGCAAUGUGGUAAAACUGGUGCAUGCGUAAUGGCUAUUUGUGGUUUAGUAACAAUGCGUCAGAAGGAAUUACCACGUAGCGCGACUCGUCCGUUGGCGUUAAUCUUGUGCUCCUCGUCUUUCGAGGUGAUCAAUGUCCAGUCGUUGUGCGUGUCAUUGUUAGGCACUUCUAACAGCACCAGAUCUGUAGCAGCGUUCACUGGCAAGACGGAUAGAUCAGUAGCGGCAUCGAUAUACAGCGGCUGCCACAUCUUGGUGACCACGCCACGAUACUUGGCUCGAUUUCUGAACGAAAACUCGGGCUUGUUGUCGUUCGACAGGCUCUACUACUUAGUCUUCGACAACGCCGAUAUUAUCCUGGAUAAAUAUUACAAUUCGGUGGGGGAGCUAUUUAAAAAGCACAAUAUAAUCGAGAACCGUGAGCUGCAGGGUGACGACCGACCGUUGCUGCAGAUUAUUACCACGGCGACGUACUGGACGUUCCAGCUUAAGAAAUUUACGCGCUUAGUUAUGUACAAUCCAUAUAUAUGCAUCGCCUCGUUCUUAGAAGCGGUUGUUUUCAAGUCUGUUCAUCCAAAGAUGCAUAUUCUGAAGUCUGCAUGGAAAAAUAGAAAGAUAUCAGAUAUACUGAAUGACGAUUACAUGGUGAUGAAAACCAUGGUGGUGUGCACGAACGCCGAAGAGGCCGAGGAAUUGAACGCGUUUUUACUUUCGAUGACAAAGAAGACCCUGCUGAUCCACGAGAAGAUGAAGUCGGCCGACGUGCAAAAUUUACGAGAGAAAUGGAAGGCAUGCAUACGCGCCUUGUAUCCGAUAUUGAUAUGCACCGACGCGGUUUUAUCAGAACUCGAUUUUACCGAUAUCCAGUGGCUGAUACAUCACUCCGUGACGCUGAAGUUUAAAAAUCAGUACAACUACAGGUUCUCCGUGCUCCUGGACGACUUGGUGCAGGAUACCACGAAUUGCAAGGUGAGCAUAAUGAUCGACGAGAACAACGACGUGCAAUUGCAAAGUAUACUGAAGAUGAUGAAGCGAAUGCGAGUGGUGAUACCGCCGCAGCUGCAGGAAGACGUCCAGCGCAUGGCGAUCACGUUGGAGCGGGACAAGAGGAGCUACGCGAUAUGCGACAACGUGAAGGCGUUCGGCUUCUGCCAGGAGCGGGAAAUCUGCGUGUUCAGGCACUGCGUGCUGCCCGAGGUCGACGAGCCGAUCACGAGCAUUCGGCCGAACGACAAGGUGAAGCUGAUGCUGACGUACGUCCACGACGCGUCGCACUUUUCGGCAAGGGUGAUCGAGCACGUCCCGCACGCGGAGUCCAAGUCCGAGAAGGCGACGUUCUCCAACGUGGAGUACAUGCUAAUCACGGCCAAGCUGCACGAGUACUAUCAAAACGUCGAGAACAGGAAAGUGUGCGCUUCGAGGGACGUGGGCGACGUCUGCGUUCUCGAGGAGUCCCUCGACACGUUCAAACGCGUGCAGAUCAGGCGCAUCCGAUACGACAGAGACAGUUCCGAGGAGGUGAAAUUCGUGGACGUGAGGUGCAUCGAUAGCGGCAUCGUAUACCGACACGUUGACGUGCGUAGGUUGGUACACCUGCCGGAGGAGUUGUCGAGACUACCAACGCACACGGUGGAGGUGUUUUUAACCGAUAUAGCGCCGUACGACGAGGAGUACAUAUGGAAUCAGCACUCUAAUGACGCUGUUCACCAGUGGUUCUCGGAAAAUUUCAACCGGAGGUCUUACAUCAUCGGCAAGGUCCGUCUCCACCUCGGAAACACGAUAUGGCUGGACGAUCUCGAGAUCGGGACGAAGCUGAUCGCUCACGGCGACUUGAUAGGCUCCUCCCUGAAGAGGUAUCUCGUCUCCGGGAAUUAUGCCGUUUCGAACAAAGAUCACUUGUCGCGGCUUUGCAAGAACAGCGGACUGACGGAAGUUAAUGGACUGACGGAAGUUAAUGGACAUCGCGUAAACGGCUGCGAAUGAAGCAUGCUCUUUCGCUGAUCAUUCGAAUCGACAAGAUUGCUUGGCGAUAUUUAUUUGUGCUAACGAAAAUUGAGAUAUCACGCAGAUAUUGUUUUUAUAUUCCUAAAAAUUUGAAUGCGGUUUUUCAUCCGAGAUCUGAGCCGCAUGCCGAAAGAUCAAUCAAUGCGUACAAUUAUACAAAAUUAUUUUAUGCCGAUGAUAACUGUUUUAUAACUCUUAUCACUGGCAGAUCCUGGGGGGGGGGGGGGGGGUUAAAACCGCCCCUUCCAAAUAAAGAAAUCAGUUUUGCUGAAUUGGUUUGAAAAAAUUUAUCAAAAACAAAAUGAGAUCAGAAGUGUCACCACGUCCUCGUCAUUGAUCCUGAAGUAAAAGCUAAGCGUGAUACUAGAAAAAUAUUAAACCAAAUAAGUUUGUCAAAAACCCCCCCAUUAUCGACAUCAGGAUCCACUAGUGUCCCUUAUUGUUUUUUUCUCUCUCACUGUUCUUAUUAAAAGUGAAUAUUGUAUACACCG